AUGGCGCUCAUUGUCGACAAGCACCGGCCCAGAAGUCUAGAUGCUUUGACAUAUCAUGAUGAAUUGUCUGAUCGACUCCGUUCUUUGGCUCAAUCAGGCGACUUCCCCCACCUCCUCUUCUACGGCCCUUCCGGAGCAGGCAAAAAGACUCGCAUCGUCGCGACGCUCAAAGAGCUGUACGGCCCCGGUGUGGAAAAGAUCAAGAUUGAUGCGCGGGUCUUCCAGACGAGCUCGAACAGGAAGCUCGAGUUUAACAUCGUCGCGAGCGUGUACCACCUCGAGAUCACGCCGUCGGACGUGGGGAAUUAUGACAGGGUGGUGAUUCAGGACUUGCUGAAGGAGGUGGCGCAGACGCAGCAGGUUGAUCAGAGCGCGAGGCAAAGGUUCAAGGUUGUGGUGAUUAAUGAGGCGGAUCACUUGACAAGGGACGCGCAGGCUGCGCUGAGGAGGACGAUGGAGAAGUAUAGUCCCAAUUUGAGACUGAUCUUGGUUGGGGAGAGCACGGCGGGAAUUAUUGCUCCGAUUAGGAGUCGGUGUUUGCUUGUUAGGGUUGCGAGGCCGACGGUGGGGGAGGUGGAGGGGGUGUUGAGGGGGAGUUGUGAGAGGGAGGGGUGGGAGGUGAGGGAGGGGUUGGUGGGGAGGGUUGCGAGGGAGAGCGGGAGGAAUUUGAGGAGGGCGUUGUUGAUGUUGGAGGGGGUUUAUGCGCAGAAUGAGAAAGUGACGGACGACACACCGAUCCCGCCCCCGGAUUGGGAGGGACUGAUUGAGCAGAUUGCGCAGGAGAUCAUGGCUGAGCAUACCUCCGCGAGGAUCCUGCAGGUGAGGAGCAAGCUUUAUGACUUGCUGACGCACUGCAUCCCGCCGACGACCAUCUUGAAGACGUUGACGUUUAAGCUGAUGCCGCUGAUUGAUGAUGAUUUGAAGCCGGAGGUGAUCAAGUGGAGUGCGUUUUAUGAGCACAGGAUAAAGACGGGGACAAAGGUGAUUUUUCACUUGGAGGCGUUUGUGGCCAAGUUUAUGAGGAUAUUGGAGAUGUAUUUGAUGAGUAUGGAUAUGUAGGGGGGGGGUGAUGCAGGGAAGAGGACAAGAGCAGAGGGAGUUUGGCGUUUUAGGAGUGUAUAAUUGGGGCAUGCCUGAGCUCAGAGACAGCCAGGCAGUCAGUUUACAAGUUAAUACUCAUUUGGAGCAUCUUUGAGAUACGUUGCUGGUGGUGUUGUGAUAGCUGAUGGAGGUGAGGCUUUAAGAUCCAAGGAGGCAUUCGAUAACAUAAUAUUGA